CUGCAGUUCAAUCCGGCUUUACCGGGCCGGGUCGGGCUCUUGACCUGUUCUCAACCUUUAUCAUGCCAAGUUUUUCGCAAGAACAGCAGUCCUGAGAAAUCCCUCGAUUUUGGUCCUCGAUGGAUAAUACAGUUGGGUAACUCUUGCGUCUAAUAUGAGGGUGGAGCCGUACGCCUAUUCAUGGUAUCUUUCGUCAUCUAUCGGCAUACUUAGGCUAUGUUACCAUUUCUUCUCUGGGGCUCUCGGAGCUUAGCUGUUCCUCUUGGUCCGAUAGUUCUCACGCGAUAAAGUUGCUCGGCGUGGCUCUUCUUCUUACAAUGUGCUGUAGCUCCCGGGAAGCUCGAUUAAUUUUCACAGCCCAUAACAUCCGGUAUAAAGACUACCUUCAUCUGUAUUCACAUCGAUAUUCUUUUUCUCUUCUCCUGCCAUGGCGGUAGUACAUCGGACCAAAAGCGAAGAGAUAGCCCUUGGAAUGACUCUUCUUGGUUCAAUCUUCUCCUCAAUCCUGUAUGGAAUCUCCCUGUCCCAGACAUACACGUAUUAUAAGCGUUUCCCCAAGGAUGCCUUGUCGAUUAAGUACAUGGUUGUUAUCAUGACGAUUAUCGAUGCAGCAUCUGUCGUUUUCAUGGCUCACGCCUGUUGGUAUUAUUUCGUGACUACGGGACCUUUCCAUCUUUAUGUCUGGAGCCUCAAUGCAGAACUUGCAUUUUCUAUGUUGAUAUCAGGUCUUUCAGAAGGAUUCCUUGCAUAUCGUGUCUGGUUACUAAGCGGGCGCCGGACGCUCUUGACAUUGGUUUUGCUUUGUUUGGCCCUCGUGCACUUAGUAAGCGGCGAAGUCGCAGCGGGUCAAUCUUUAGCUUUGCACCAGCUUGCGAGAUUCGGUAGCGUGAAGGUACCACAUGUUAUACGCCUUGGAAGCGCCGCUCUCUGCGACACCAGUUUGGCAAUCUCAUUAUGCUACUUUUUGCAUCAGAAACGCACGGGUUACAAGCAAACGGACGAGAUCAUCGAUCGUUUAAUGAUAUUUUCUAUUAACACCGGGCUGCUAACAAGCUUUGCUUCAGUGGCCGGCCUUAUCACGUACCUUGUGGUUCCCAAGACAUGGGUUUAUCUCGCUCUGUGUUUCUUGAUCAGUCGGCUAUAUGCAAAUACUUUUCUGUCCUCUUUGAACACUCGGCAUAUACUACGAACAGCCUCAGAUGAGGCAGAAGAAUCGCCGGCUAUGCCACGGUUUCGCUCGCGCAUUUCUCCACGGGCUUUGCUUGCCAGGGAAAAGCCGCCUACUCAACUUGAUAUAUUUAUAGUGACUGAGACGAUUAGUGAUGCCUCUAAGGAUGGGGGCCUGGAAUACCAAGGCUCCAUGCCAAAUGCUAGUUGCUCCGCAAGCUUGAAUCAUUAUUGACUUGAUUGUAUAACCAGAAGUGCAGAUCCGUAGUUUACCCGAAUAUCACAUGCGUUAAUGACCAC